AUGUCCGAGCUGCCUGCAGACAGCAGUGUCCCACCGAAGGGCGCGGCGAAUGACAACGGCGACGUCCCACAGGCGGAGGUAGGCGGCGGGAGGCGGGAGCCGGCCCCAGCGCAGCCUGUGGAGGCCAGGGACCGUCCGAUGGCGGCGGCCAGGGAAGGUCCAGUGGCGGAUGCCAGGGAAGGUCCGAUGGCGGCGGCUAGGGAAGCCCGGAUUGCAGAGGUUGCCCGAUUGUUGGCGGAGCCAGCAGAGGAAGAGGGUCCUGAGGACAGACGCCAGACCAGGCCCGGGAACAGUCCAGGCCUGGCUGCGUUGCCGAAUCUCCGCCUCCGUCACCCACUUGGCAUUUUAGGAAUUAAUUAUCAGCAGCUCCUCCGCCACUAUCUGGAACACUACCCAAUUGCUCCCGGCAGAAUUCAGGAGCUUGAAGGACGCCGCAGGAGAUUUGUGGAAGCUUGCAGAGCAAGGGAAGCAGCGUUUGAUGCCGAAUAUCAGCGGAAUCCUCAGAGGAUGGAUUUUGAUAUUUUAACAUUUAGUAUAACUCUGACUGCAUCUGAAAUUAUCAAUCCUCUGAUAGAAGAACUUGGUUGUGAUAAGUUUAUCGGUAGAGAAUAG